AUGAGCUGGGGGAGAAGCAGCCUGACCAGGCUGGCCCCCCUCAGCAGCAAACAAUUCGUUGCUGGAGCUGCCCCUCGUCGCUUUUAUGCUGUUGCUUCCGGAGCAACGCGAUUCCAAGUCUUCAACCGACGGGCAAAAUGGCUUCAGAAGGAGCGUGCAGCUUUCAAUACCGAGGAAAGCCGGGUGGCGGACUAUCUGAAGGACGAGGUGGCCAUACGGCUGACAGAGAGACUCCUUGAUAUAAGGCGGCACUUCCCCCGAGCUCUCGAUCUCGGCGCCAAUUCAUGCAACGUUGCAAAAGCCCUCGUGCGCGAGAACCCUGAUCCUGACCCCGACGUCACCGAGUCACCACCUCUCUCGACCCGUAUCGGCGAGCUCAUUGCCACUGAUUCUUCCGAGACCAGACUCUACAGAGAUGCCGACCAUGAGUUCAACAACAAAAUCUCCAUCACCCGUCAAGUCGUCGAUGACGAGGAAACCAUCCCGUUUGAGCCCGAAAGUUUCGACCUCGUGCUGAGCUCUCUAAGCUUACACUGGAUCAACGACCUCCCUGGAGUGCUGUCCCAGAUCAACAACGUCCUCAAGCCAGACUGCCCCUUCAUCGGCGCAAUGCUUGGGGGCGAUACGCUGUACGAACUACGAACAUCCCUCCAGCUGGCAGAACAGGAGCGAAGAGGCGGCAUGUCCCCUCACGUCUCGCCGCUGGCUGACGUGCGAGACGUGGGUGGCCUGCUCCAGAAAGCAGGCUUCAAGAUGUUGACGGUGGACGUUGACGACAUCAUUGUCGACUACCCGGACACGUUUGCCCUGAUGCAGGACCUCCAGGCAAUGGGAGAGAGCAAUGCCAUCCUGAACCGCGAGAUGGGCCCCAUCCGGAGAGACGUUCUGCUUGCCAACGAGGCCAUCUACAAGGAACUGCAUGGCAAUCCGGACGGAUCUAUUCCUGCGACUUUUAGAAUUAUAUACAUGAUUGGUUGGCGCGAAGGAGAGAACCAGCCGCAACCCCUAGCUAGGGGAAGUGGCCAGACGAAUCUAAAGGAUAUUUUAGAAAAGAAGGAGUAG